AUGCAGAGCCAGCUACUUAUGCGAUCUUUUUUAAAUUUCCAUGCACAGAUCGGUAACUGUUUUUGAUGGCUUAGCGAAUUCUCUUAUAUAAUUGCAAGUUUCAUCAAUUUUAAAGUCACUGAUUUUGUCGUGUUGCUGCUGAGUUGUAACAAAAAGGAAAGAAAGUCUAAAAGCAAGUCUAUCGCCAUAGCUUGGCUUAGCUACUGCCAUUUUUAA